UGCGGUCGCCUCUCGCCAUCUCGCGUUCGGCGACUCCAGUCGCGCCUCCCCUGCCUUCCCCUCUCCUCCGGGCUCCGUCCGGGCGCCCUGCCCCUGGAUUUGGAACCAACAAAGAAACCUGCCGCCCACCGUUUCCGAAUUCCCAUGGCCGUCUAAGAACCGGAGGCACGGGAACAGGGAUCGCAGAUCCGCCAAAAUCACACCUCCUAGUUCGUCCUCCGUCCCAAUCUCUUCCCGGGCCAGUGAGGCGGCGCGACUUGGUGCCUGCAUCGAGCCCAAGACAUGGAACAGCCUGAGGAGAACCCUGAAUUCCCAAGCUGUGAUGCCUACUUUCAAGCUAUCCAGUCCAAGAAGAAGUUGCCACUGUCUUUGCAAGAAUCGCUAACUGCUGCCUUUGCCCAGAUUCCCGUCUCAUCCUUCCCUGAGGUUCCAACUGGUCGAGUCAUUGAAAUUCCCGGUGAUACUUCUGUUCUUGACGCUGUAAGGACUCUCUCUGAACAGAACAUAAGGGCAGCACCAGUGCUCAAUCCAGAACCUGGGGCUCCUACUGAUUGGCAGGGGAGGUACCUUGGUGUCAUCGAUUACUCAGCAAUCAUCCGUUGGGUACUAGAAAAUGCUGAGCUUGCCGGUGUUGCACUCUCGGCUGCAUCAGCAACUGCUGCCGGAGUUGGCAUGGGUGCUGUUGGUGCGGUUGGGGUGGCAGCUUUGGGUGCAACUGGCCCAGCUGCUGUAGCUGGCUUAACUGCAGCCGCAAUUGGGGCCGCUGUUGCUGGUGGAUUAACUGCUGAAAAGGGUGUGGCGAAGGAUGGGCUAACUGCUGCAGAUCAUUUAGGGGAGGAUUUCUAUGAAGUUUUGCUUCAGCAGGAACCUUUCAGAUCAACAACAGUUCGAUCAAUUGUAGAGUCAUAUCACUGGUCUCCUUUCGUCCCCAUUACACUGGACACUUCCAUGCUGACUGUACUUCUGUUGCUCUCUAAGUACAGAUUGAGAAAUGUCCCUGUGAUUGAGCCCGAAAAACCUAUCAUCAAGAACUUCAUUACUCAGACUGGUGUUCUCAAAGGGCUGCAGCAAUGUAAAGGAAGGGACUGGUUUGACUACAUUUCUGCACUUCCUCUUUCAGACUUAGGACUUCCAUUUAUGUCCAUUGAUGAGGUUAUCACCGUCAACAGUGAUGAUCUAAUCUUAGAAGCUUUCAAGUGCAUGAAGGAUAACAAGAUUGGUGGUGUACCAGUAGUAGAAGGCCCCAAAAGAAAACUUGUUGGCAGUGUUAGCAUAAGGGACAUCCGCUUUCUGUUGCUUAGACCCAAUUUAUUUUCAAAUUUCAGGCAACUUACGGUCAUUGAAUUCAUGAAGACUCUAGGCUCCACUCUUCCUGAUUCAGGGAACAAUUGCCUGGUGAAGCCACCACCCACCUGCACUCCUGACGCUUCCCUUGGUAGUGUUAUUGACAGCAUUGCAUCAAGAAUAACCCACAGGAUAUAUGUAGUGGAUGUUGACCUUGAGGUUGUUGGUGUUGUGACUCUGCGUGAUGUGAUCUCGUGUUUUAUCCACGAGCCACCCGGUUAUUGCGACAGCUAUUUGACUUCAGCAAUGGAGAAGCUUGACGGUAAAGGAGUCGGAUCAGUGGAGAAACGUUGAGCUUUUGUGUAGCGUGAAUGUUGAAUAACAGGUGAGUAUGUGAGGAAGGUAGUUGGAAGGAAUGGUGCAUUCAUGCCGUGUUAAUCCAGCAAAUUCUGUAUUAGAUUAAUUAAGAAGGCUUCUGUUAUGUUUAUACUAUGCCAUUUCUUUGGAA